CGCCAGUUGCCAUGGAGCCGGCCGGGCCCUGUGGUUUCUGCCCGGCGGGAGCGGCCCAGCCGGCGCGCUACACCUGUCCGCGCUGUAAUGUGCCCUACUGCUCGCUGAGCUGCUACCGGGCGCACGGCACCUGCGCCGAGGACUUCUACCGCGACCAGGUGCUGGGCGAGCUCCGGGGCCGCACCGCCUCGCCCAGCCGCCUGGCAAGCGCCCUCCGCCGGCUGCGGCAACAACGCGAGGCCGAAGAUGAGCCCGAGGAAACAGGCCUGAGCCCUGGCCCGGCGCCCGGCGGCCUCUCAGGCCUCUGGGAGCGGCUGACUCCAGCCGAGAAAGCGGCUUUCGAGCGACUGCUGAGCCGCGGCGAGGCCGGGCGGCUGCUGCCCCCGUGGCGGCCGUGGUGGUGGGCCCGCGGGCCCGAGCCGCGGCUUCUGCAGGAGCUGGACGACGCGUCGGACCGUGACACCGCGGAGCCAGAGCCCGCCCCCGCCAGGACCCCACCGGACCCCGAGAAGGAUGCUGCCGCCGAUGCGGAGCCCGACGUCUCCGAGACGGUUCUUGGAGACGACGCCCCGGGGACCGACGCGCCCGCGGUGCCCACCCGCAUCCCCGCGCUGGCCAGCCUGAGCCGCGGCCCGGCCUCGCCGCUCGUGCGCUUCCAGCUGCCCAACGUCCUGUUCGCCUACGCGCACACGCUUGCCCUCUACCACGGCGGGGACCAGGCGCUGCUCUCCGACUUCUGUGCCACGCUGCUCGGCGUGUCCGGGGCCCUGGGUGCCCAGCAAGUCUUCACCUCCGCCGAGCAAGCCCUGCAGGCUGCCGUCCAUGUGCUGGAGGCCGGUGAGCACCCGCCUGGGCCACUGGGCACAUGCGGUGCCAUGCGCGAGGCCGCCCGUAUCCUGCUGGGCGAGGGCCCGGCCAAGCAGAAGGAUUACACGCUGGCAGCGCUCGGACACCUGGCGCAGAUCCUGGGCAGCGCCCGGAAACGGGCAGGGGCGGCUAGAGAGCGGGAUCGCCUCUACAGGGCCCGGAAGAAAUGCCAGUUCCUGCUGGCCUGGGCCAACGAAAACGAGGCGGCCCUCACGCCCCUGGCACUGGACUGUGCCAGGGCACACCGAGCCCGCGCCUUGUCAGCUGAGGAGAUGGCCGCCCUCUCUGGAGAGAUGGAGCGGCUCUGGGGCGGCCCUGUGCCGCCUGCCCGGCCGACUCUAAUCGAAGAGCUUCCUGGCUGACGGGGGGCCUCUGGGUCCUUAAUAAAGUUGUGACUGGUC